AUGGAGAACAAAUGGACUAUAUUUGUUAUCGCUGUGGUAUCUCUAAUUUUCAUCCCAUUGACAGAACAAGAGGCUGCUUUUCCUGGUUGCUAUGAUGAUCCUAUCCCUAGCUUCAAUGGCACCUGUCCUACUCCCUACAUCAAUCCCGGUGAAUAUGACCGGAAUAGUGUGACCCCUGACCUGUGUGUCGCCCUCUGUGACUCUACAAAUUACAGCCACGCAGUCCUGAAGUCUGGCAAUGCCUGCUUCUGUCUGCAGGGUUCACCAUUGGAUGAGCUUGGCUCCAGCCACAACACCUCAUCAUGUGACCAGUCAUGUGACUCGUCCCCGUCUCAGUCAUGCGGAGGAGACAGACUGGUGUCGGUUUACGACGCACCCUUGAGGCUGGAUGGAGUCCAGAUUCAAGAACUUCAGAAUCAGACUGCUUUUCCUGCGUUUGAACCUGUGACCUUCACCCUCACCAACCCGGCCACCUGGAACCAAACCGACAACCAGACCGUAACCAUCGAUGUCAGCUUUGAUGAUGACUAUCCGUAUCACUUCAAGGGGCAGUGGCGUGAGGACAUACAAUUUGAACAUACCUUUACGGAACCAGGUAUACAUGCCAUACACUUCAGUCUGCUCCAAGCUGGACCAGGAACCGACUGGGUCCAACCAGUGUCCAUCCACAUCCCCAUCAGUGACGUCUCCAUCGCCUGUCCCAACCGUAACCCGGGGAUACAGAGCUACGACUGUGACAUCACCGUUGCUAUGGGAAGCGGCAUGCAGAUGUCGGCCUACUUCGAGGAGGAUGCGGUGUUGGAUAGUUUCAACGUGUCAGAUUCUCAAGUUGAGUAUGUUGGAGUGAAUGCCUUCGCCCCUGAUGAUUCUUCUACAACACGAUCAAAGAUGACUCUUGCACCUCCUACUCAAUCAUUUGGAGAGCCGUUGAGUCCUGUACCUGUGGAUGAACGUUACAUUAAGGCCAAGGAUCCCGUCCUUAAAGAUGGCUUGCUGGUUGGAUUCGAUUUCGAUGUACAAGUUUCAGGAAAUGUUGUCCUUGAGGUUUUUCGCCCACUGGCAAAUGAGAGCAUGAAAUGCGAGAACAAUACAAAACCUGAUGGAGCAGUUCUGCCAGUGUCGACAAGCUACAGCUGCCAGAACCAAGGAGGUUUCAGCUUCACAAAGAGAGCAUGCAUUAACCCCACUCCUGAUGCCACUCUACCGACUCUCCUGACAACCUACAGAUCGGUGAUCAGUUUUAACGUGACCCUUCCGUCCCUCGGAAGAUACUUUGUGUCUCUGGACGAGCAGGACAGGUUAGAAGUCCGCAGAGGAGACCUCCUGGCGCUGAUCCCCAAGUCGGCAGCGAUCGUCAGGCGGGCAACAGCAGCGGACCGGGAGUUGUCCCCUGUCAACGGCAGACUCACAGGGGAUAGCAUCUUGGAGUAUGAUGGUGUCACGUCUGUGCCUGGGGAACAUCAGUGGAGGGCUUUGGUGGUGCUGCCAUCUCGUAUCUGGGUCAGGAACACCAACGUCGGGAUGUGGGAUACCUCCUGGGUGAACGUGACCUUGACAAACCCUCUAGGAGAGAAGAUGAUGUCCGCUCUGGCUCCGGCACCGUACCCAGGGAUAGAAAUUGUCACACCACCUUAUGGCUUGGUUGGUGAUAACAUCUUUCUUGAGGCCAUCUUUGACUUACAACUGGACAAGUUUUAUUGGAGCUUUGGAGAUGGUGAAGAGACCUUGAUGAACCUAUGCAACGUGGUGUACCACACCUGGACUGAGCCUGGACUGUACAAUGUCACCGUAGAGGGGAAGACCCCCCAAGGUUCUGGCAUUUUGACGACAACCUUCCUUGUGACCCACAAUCCUCCAUUGCCCAACAUCACUCUGAAUGACACAGGUUCUUCUCAAGAAUAUGAUGAUGAUGGUUCUCUGAAAGUAUCAGGAGAUGUGUCUUUGUCAUGGCAUGUCAACUAUGAAGCUACCAAUGUCACUUAUGAAGUUAGUCUAGGGAAUGCUUCUGAGGUUUCCAUGGCAGUUUGGGAAGGGUCAUCAGAGGUCACUGUAGCAUCUGCUUCUGUGGGGAUCUGUGGGGAUCUCAUCAACAUCACUCUCAAACAUGAAGAUUGGGGUGCAACAUUGAGUAUUUUUUCAUCGUCAUCGUGCACGCUACCAGUUUCCAUAGUAUCCCAGAAUGCAUUUGGCAACGACACUCUAUUACUUGACUUGUACAUUCUUGAGGCUAUCACAGAGAGUCCAAUCAUCAAUGUAACUGCCAAUUUCAGUGAAGUAGGAGAAGAUCGAUUUGUGGCACAUGAUGAAGAUAUGAUCAUUGAUAUUGAGAUUAUAGAUGGCAGAGGAAUCAUUGUCAAUAUCUCUUUAAACGAUGCCAACAUCACAAGCACCUGUUUUGAUUGGCUAGUGCUUGACCGCAGGGCCAGAUGUGUCCUGAAGGUGUCGGACUUGGAGCUCGGGACCUACAACCUCAGAGUGGAAGUGAGCAACGAAUUCUCUCCAGUGUAUGAAUCGUCAGUGAAUUUCACAGUCGAGAUGAAGAUUGAAAACUUGAGGGUCCAGGUGGAUAACCUGGUAGAGCCUGACCAAGAUGUACCCAUCUGCGUCUAUGGAGAUCAGGGAAGCUCUGUUAAGUAUAUCAUCCAGAUCUCGGAUGGGACAAACCUGACAGGAACUACUGAUCGUUUGUCCACUAACUCUUCAUGCCAGACAACAGUACAUCAGUUCCCUGUACAAGGGAGGUUAUCUUUAGUUGUUACAGCAAAGAAUGAGAUCAGCCAGGAUAGUGUCGUUGAGAUGGUCGUUGUAAUGGCUCCAGUCUAUACCCUGAUCAUCAAUGUCCAAGAACAGGUCAUUCUCAAUGCUUCUCACAUGGGGUAUGCUGUUGUAACAAUAGAUUACGAAGGCCUACCUGCUCUGCAACCUGUGGAAGUUAAAUUGAAUGUCACUCUGAUCAAUACAGCCGACAAUUCAUCAAGUACACUUGACUUUGCAGUAUCAGAAGAUAGCCCUUUUCCAGUGACUUUCCAAAUUCCCUUCUUUUCAAGUGGAAUCUUUUUGUAUGAGUACUUCCUCUUCAACAAUGUGAGCUAUGUUGCAUCAACAGGGGAAAUCACUGCUGGUUCUCGGAUACAGAAUGCAACAUUUAAUGUCAACAGUCUAACAGUUUGGUCUGGUGAGACGGUCAAUUUUACCAUUGCCCUUGUAGCCGGAACAGAUUUGAUCUACACUGUUGACUUUGGGGACGGUUCAAUCAUCCAGUCUAGCAACAUUACCAAUGAACUUCAGAUGAAGUUCAGCCAUGUAUUUUCAGCUUGUUGGACACAGGAUUUUGAGGUCAUCCUUAGUGUGAAAAACAACAUGAGUAUGGCUGAAGAAACCAUCACUCUCACUGUCAUUCCAGCAAUGUUUUCUGUUGUCAAUGACAGUCCCUUUGGGAUUUCUGCCCCACCGUAUCAGAUCGUCCAGGUACCAUUCCUUCUCUUCCAUGCAAAAAACUUUUCUGUGCCUGAUGGUGUUCUGUACCUUGCGGACUUUGAUGAUGGUGUUGGAGAGCGGGAACUUCAUUUGACCUUUGAAAACUCCCCGUCUUUGGACACCAGCACAGCCACCCAUCUUGUUACUGUCUGGAAGUCGUUCACAUCCCCUGGAGCAUUCAACGUCACCUUUGUAUUCAACUCUUCCGCAGUCUUUCAGGAAUGCGAGAUCCUUGUUGAAGUGUUCGAAGAGGUGUCCAACCCAAGGGUUGAUUUUUACUUCAACAAUGGAGAUGUCACCGAUGAAGCCAUGGAUGAGACUGCCUUGGGAACUGGUGGUGACCAUGUACCUCUUGAUGCUGCUGUUGUUGUCCAAGUUUUGACAACAGGUGGUACAAACUUAUUCUAUGAAUGGUCUUUUGGAACUGACAAUGACUCUGCUCUCCUUGAGCUUCCGCCCAGUUAUUGGAAAGGGGAGUCCCCUCGCAACUUCUGGAAGUUCAGAAGGCCAGGUUCCUACCUGGUUUCAGUCAACGUUUCUAAUGCUGUCAGUUGGGUAGAGAAAUCUGUUACAGUGGUUGCUCAGUCCAAAGUGUCUGGUCUUUCUGUUGAAGGACCAGGUAUCGAUGUUGCCAAUAAAUCGUUGUUGUUUACACUGCGUUUCUCGAGUCUACCUACAGAAGCAUGUGUCUUGUUGGACUUUCAAGACCUGUCAUCAAGACCAUCGUAUUUGGCAGGAGCUGGUGAUUCUAGUUGUGCCACUGUGGAUGCCCGCUUGGCAAACACCCUCGAUGACAGGCCACUUCAGAUACUUGAUCUUAUGCAAAUGUGGAAUGAUGACCAGACAUCUAUUGAUGUGUACAAUGAAUUUGGUGCCACAGGGUCCUUCGUCGUGAAGGUCCUUGUUCAAAACAUUGUAUCACAAGAACAAACUUCCAUUGAACAGGUUAUCAGGAGUCCUGGAUGCUAUCCUCCAGUUGUCACUUUUGGACAUACUGGUGACCUCUCCAACCUGGUAUCUCAAAGAUUUAGCGUCCAGACAACAUUAUCAAUCAACUGUACAUCAUCCAACCUGGUUUACUACAUGUGGCAGGUGUUCUUUCUUUGGGACAAUGGCACUCUAGAGGAAGUGGCACUUCCUUCUUUUGUUGCUUCAGAAGGUGCUACACUGUCAAAGAUUGUGAUCCCUGCUCGCACACUCACUCCUGGGACCCAUGUGAUAUCUGUCACUGUCUCAAUUCAGGAUGAGCCAGGAUUGGCGACCAUUGCCACCACAAAUGCAUCGAUUGCUGCAAGUGAUCUUGUGGCAAAGAUCAAUGGGGGUGAUCAACGGAUCGUGUCCUACCAGGUGGAUGAUCCAGCCACGGAGGCCUUGACAACACAGAGUUUCUAUGUGGAUGGUUCAUUAUCCUCUGACCCUGACAAGGACCCACAGGAUCACUCGGAAUGGAUGUUCACCUGGCAGUGCAGAAGGAAGAGCUACACCCUCGCCAAUGGCACAAGCAUCGACAAUCUUGAGACCUUUCAGCAGUGGAAUGAGGACUUCUCCAUGCUCCGGUCUGACAGUGUGGUCAAUCCUGACUUUCAGAAGGAAGCAUCUGACGUUGGAGGGUGCUUUGGACGUAAUGGAGGACCUUCUAAUGCAUCUUUGCCGGGAGGUCUGCUAUCAGUCCGGUCAGGAAUCUUCACUGUGGAUACACACUACCUCUACCCCAACAUGGAGUAUGAGUUCAAGCUCUAUGUGUCUGAUGGAUCCAGGAGUGCCACUGCUCUUCAAACCCUCUACGUAGUGGAUGGCUUCAUACCUGAUGUCUAUCUGAAGUGUAAAGCAAACUGCAGGGACAAGGUCAACCCUCAGAACCGAUGGGUCAUGGGAGUAGUCUUGUCUCCAGCUGCUGAUAUCGUUGUCAACCAAACUGUCUACUACAAAUGGGAUCUGUCAGUAUACCAGAACAACAUGAAGCAGUUGUUGUCUCCAGAUGCAUGGCUGCCCUAUACUUCGCUGUCCAACCAGACCACGACCUCGGCUGACCAUUUGUUGGCCAUCAAGAGUGGAUUCUUAGAGGAAGGCAAGCAAUAUGAGAUAAGUCUAAUGGCCUCCUACUCACCUACUUUCAAUAUCAAAGCGGAUAUGUCAAUGACCCUUGACAUCAAUGCUCCUCCGUACGGUGGCACCUGCUCCAUCACUCCUCUGGAAGGCACCGUGGCGGUGACCAAGUACUCCUUUGCCUGUCAGGAUUGGAUGGUGACAGAUCAAGACUGCUUACCUCUGCUCUAUGCUGUAAGGGCGAAGGUCAGGGGUGUCGCGGAGACGGUGUCUCUGAGUACCCAGGAUACCAGUGAUGUCUGGCCUCUGAUUUACUCUGGAACGAGCCCUGCCUCUUCAGAUCUAUUCUUCUCCACUGGAUUAUCCGGCUAUGACUACAUUGUUGAUGUCAAAGUGCAGAUCAGUGAUAUCUAUGGAACCUAUGCCUUGGAUUCCAACAUGGAAAUCAGGGUACAUCCGUUCAAUGAGGCAUUGUCUGGUGAUCUGGCCAACACCCUUACCGACCUGACAAACAGCAUGGUUUCAGAAGCAUCUACGGGAUACUCUGACUACGCUACCAGUUAUGCUAGGGUCAUCUCAGACAUCCUUAAUACAGAUUCAUCAUCCGGAUCAACUCAGUCUCAAUCAAAUACUGCCCUGAGUUCAGAAAUCAAGAUGGGGAUAAGGGAAAAGAUGGUGACAAUUCUAGAGCCUGCUGCCUCAUCUUCUAUCUCUGUCGAUGAUGUGGACCAAAUCUCAUCCGUACUGAACCUAGCAACUGCUGUGUCAAGUGAGGUCUCCACCACAACACAGGAGGGAGCCUUAGGUGCCACAGAGAGAUUGACAGGUGCAUUGGUUGGUAUUCAGGAGGAAGAUCGAACUGCUGUGGAGAGACUUCAAAUAUCGGCAUCCUUACUCCUUAAAGUCUGUGAUAAUGUGGUAGAUGCUGCCAUAGAUUCAGUGGAUCAUACAGAAAGCGAACAAGAUUCUGUUACAAUGCUGAAGAACUCGGCUGUAAUGAACACCCUUGUCAGGUCUGUAUCUGUCGUUGACAAGGUAUCCGAGGUCCUGAGCAACAAUGUGAUCACGGGAGAGGGUCCCGUUACCGUGGAUGCAGGCAACAUCAGGGUCAAAGUUCAGAAAACGGAAAGCAACGAUGUCGAAGGUAACUUUGAAGUGGAGCCUGGUUGCAAUCUUGAUUUUCCACCGGCUCAAAACAUGUUUGAUACCAGUGCUACAACAGGAGGAAUUGAAUUCAAGGCUGUGAUGUACCAACCCAACAUGCGACCUUUCGCCAGCGGAGCAGCCGAGAUAAACAGCAAGACAGUAUCCUUCCAGUUCAUUGACUCUAAAACCAAUGGGGUCAUUGAGGUCAAGAACACAAUGCUACCAAUCACCAUCACCAUCCCCCGCAUCAAUGGACCUACCAUCACCUUGGAUAACGAGACAUUGACAUCGUUCAGUCAAACGUAUGGAGUGGGAGGUCCUAUUGCUCUUCAUACUGUUGAUAUCCCAUUUUCAAAUGGAGCCGAGUUUGAAGUGAAGUGCAUGGGUUUCACAGGGAUGGAGACAAACUAUACUUACAACUGUACUCUCAUUGUCAUGAUAACAACCACUGGGCUGCCAGAAAUAGGAAGUAAUGCAUGGAACUGUACCUUGGCCCAGUCUGUCACGCUGUUAGACUUCCCGUUAUAUAACAGUACUCUGGUUGAUCCCUGGAAUAAGACUGACUUCAUAUCCGUGGAAGGAAACACAAGAUGCUUCAUCGAUAACGACGUCAUGAAUGAGAUACUGGGUAACGGUACAUACGCAUCAGUAAAUGUUGGAGUGAGAGAGCUAGCCAAUGAAGUGGAAUGGAACGCGACCUAUGCCAGAACUCCCAAUGCUACGUUUGAAUUCAAACACUAUUCGUUCAGCCCCACACUGCACAGCUGUUCUUAUAUUAAGGAAAGGGAUAGCGAAGCUGCUUGGAAGAAAGAUGGAUGUUUGGUCAGCCCGUCCAGUAAUGCUACACACACAUCAUGCCUCUGCAACCAUCUGACCAUGUUUGGUGCAGGAUUCCAGAUACCCAUGAACCGGAUUGACCUCUCUCAGUCAGCCUUCACCAAGCUCCAUGAGAAUCCAGUGGUAUUUGCCUUCAUGAUGUGUUGCCUCUGCAUCUACCUGGUGGUCCUUCUCUGGGCAAGGAAAGCUGACAAAAGGGACCUACUGAAGGCUGGAGUGACCCCGCUGAUUGGAAACAAACCUCAUGAUAAGUGUCACUAUGAGGUCACAGUGUUCACUGGUGUAAAGUCGGAUGCAGGCACCACUGCACGAGUCCACGUCAUCAUCACCGGGGACCACAACGACAGCGGCGUCCGCACCCUCCACGACCCGAAGCGCAAGGUCCUCCAGAGCGGAGGCAUCGACUCCUUCCUGCUGACGUCCCCCAGGUCCUUCGGAGACCUCGAGCACGUGAGGAUCUGGCAUGACAACGGCGGGAAGAACCCAAGCUGGUUCCUCUCGCACCUCUCUGUCAAGGACCUGAACACCAACAAGAUGUUCUACUUCAUGGCUAACAGGUGGUGGGCCGUGGAAGAGGAUGAUGGGGCAAUUGACCGUGUGAUUCCAGUGGCCGGCCGCAGUGAGCUGACCAGCUUCACCCAUCUCUUCUCCACCAAGACCAGAAAGAACCUGAGUGACGGUCAUCUGUGGUUCUCGGUCUUCUCCAGACCGGUCAAGAGCCGCUUCACCAGGGUCCAGCGUGUGUCCUGCUGUCUCUCCCUGCUCUUCUCAGCCAUGAUGGCCAAUAUCUUCUUCUAUAAUGUUGAUUUUACCGGCAGUGGCACCCAGACGGUGUAUAGCCUCGGUCCUAUCAGCUUCUCUACGGGUGAGGUUGUCAUCGGUGUCAUCAGCAGCCUGAUGGUGUUCCCAGCAAACAUCCUUGUGGUACAGAUCUUCAGGCUGUCAAGACCUCCGCCGAAGCAUGCAAGGAUUUGCUGCAUGAAGAGGAAACAGCCACGAGUGUCUUCGGCAGGCAGGAGGGACAUUGCAUCCCGCCUCUCCUUUGCCUCCAGUAUGGGCUCCAGAGAGCUCCGGCAGCAGCUGGACCUGUUAGAGAGGGGUCAGGCGACACCCCCUCCACCGACCAUCUCUGCCCAGGUCCAUCGGGUUAGCUCUCCUUCUCAAAUCCAGCUGGACCAAACAAAUGUCCGGGAUCAGAGGUCCUUUUCCUUCGACUCCUCAAAUCUAAGUGACCGCACCCCAUCUCCCGUCACCCGUAUCCCUACUCUCGCGACAGAAGCAGGAUACAAGACAAUGCAGGCAAAGCCACUGAGGAGAAAGAAGAAAAAGUUUGAGUUGCCAUGGCAAUGCCUUUAUUUUGGAUGGGCCUUGCUGGUGACGUCGGUGGGUGUGGCAUUCUGGCUGACCAUCGAGGUGGCUGGUCAGUUCGGCAAGACCAAGGCAACGGAAUGGCUUGUGUCAAUGUGUAUAUCUCUGAUCCAAGACGUCUUUUUCACUCAGCCUCUUAAAGUUCUCUUCCUGGCAUUCUUCCUCUCACUCCUCUUCAAGAAGCCAGAGAAGGAGGAGGAUGAUGUACCUCCUCUAGGAGACGAUGAGGAGUGGUUACAUGAGGGGGGUGGAGGAGACCCCUCCCAGGGCGUCCCGCCGGGGAUUUCCCCUCCCAAUUCUGACGAGCUAGCUGCUGCGAGGGAGUUGAGAUUUAAGGAGAUCAAAAUGAAGAGCAUCAUUCGUGAAAUCAUUCUCUACAUCCUGUUCCUUAACAUCGUGAUGCUGAUAGCAUUUGGUGACAGGGACCCUCAGGCAUUCUACGUCAACAAGUCUAUGAAAGAUGCCUUCGUUGAAGCCCACUACCAUGGCCUUAUGAAGUUUACCAAGAUUCAAACACGAGAACAGUUCUGGAACUACACAGAGAAUGUUUUCAUCCCAUCUCUCUUCUCUGAGACAUGGUAUAACGGGAAGGAGGACAUCCAGGGUAUCAAGCAGAGGUUGGUAUCUGGGAAGCAGAUGAAUCUGGUGGGAAUGGCAAGGCUGAGACAGCUUAGAGUUAAACAAGAAUCUUGUGACCUACCAGAGAAGAUACAAAGCUCUAACAUACAGUGUAAACGCACCUAUUCAUUCGCUGAUGAUGAGGAUGAAGACCUUGCUCCGGGGUGGAAACAAGUUAAUGAAUCAGAUCCUAUGGAUUACACAACUACUGAGGGUUGUGUUUGGAAGCAUUACGACUGGACCGAGAUCGAUUCAUUCCCUUACCUUGGAAAACAAGCGACCUACAAGGGAGGAGGCUAUCUGGCUGAGAUACCCACAAAUCCUACUACUGCUAUGGCCCAGAUGCAGUACCUACGUGAUUCAUUUUGGGUGGACCAGUACACAAGGGCUGUUUUCUUUGAGUUUGUCACCUAUAACCCUAUCAACAAUAUGUACUGCAUUUCUUUUCUACUGGUUGAAUUUCCAUCACAAGGGGGUGCAUUCCCAUACGUGAACUUCCGCACCAUCCGGCUUGACCGUUACCAGGGCAACUUUGCCUACUUUGUCCUAGCCGGUGAGGUCACCUAUGUCCUGUUCCUCCUCUACUUCACCUACAAGGAGAUCAAACUCUUCAUCAAAAAGAAGAGAGAGUAUUUCAGAAGCUUCUGGAACAUGUUGGAGGUCACGACCCUGGUCAUGGCGUACUGCGCGAUCACUUUCUACCUGUACCGGUUGUUCAUCGGUCGACAGCUUAUGGCGCAGUACCGGACUGACCCUGACAGCUUCUUGAAUUUCCAGUAUGUCUCCCAUUGGGACUCGCUGUAUCGCUACAUGACCGCCCUAGUCGUCUUCAUUGCAAACAUCAAGUUCAUGAAGCUCUUUAGAUUCAACCGUCGCCUGCUGAUCCUGUCCCUGACCCUGAAGAACGCUGGCCAGGAGAUCCUCUACUACCUGAUCGUGUUUGGUAUCGUCUUCAUGGCUUUUAGCUCCAUGGCCUUCAACAUGUACAGCCCGUACCUGAUCGGCUUCAGUACCUUUGGAUCCACCAUUGUCACCCUCUUCUCAACGAUGCUAGGAAAGUUCAAGUUUGCGGAGAUGGUGCAGACUAGCCGUCACCUCGGUCCGCUGUUCUUCUUCUGCUACGUGAUCAUCGUCAUCUUCAUCUGCCUCAACAUGUUCCUGUCCAUCAUCAAUGAGGCUUUCACCAGGGUCAGACAGGAGAACGCCAAGUCAGGCAACGAGCUGGAGAUCAUCGACUUCAUGAUGGGUCGCUUCAAGAAGUUUGUCGGGCUGACGCGGCAGCAAAACACGAGGCAGAAGAGCAAGGAGGAAGAGAAGGAGGAGAACAAGCAUUGUAUUGAGGAUGACGACCCAGUUGAGGUGGGUUGCAAGGAGAUGGAGACAAAGACGGAAGAGAUGCUACUCCGCCUGGAUACCUUUCUCAAGGAGAACUUAUCACCGGAUGACAUCAAGCUCACCCAGAGAAAGAUUGUAAUCUCAGUAUAGAUUAACUCUUAUCCUGCCAUAAUGAAUACAGCCCAGUGCCAAAGAGGUAAACCCCCAUUGUGCCAAGCCACAAAUCCCCCCUGUGCCAAGUUUAUUUUGAGAUAAUCUGAUAAUCGGAUGGUGCGAUCAAUAGUGCGUUCAAAGCA